CCGCUUUGAUGGCUUCUUCCAAUUCCUUUUUUUUGUCCGACCUGGCAUUUUUCAAUCUUUCUCUUAUAGCCGAAAUGGCUCCUCCCAACUUUUGUUCGUUGGCCGAUAUGUCUACUUCAACAUUUACGUGUUGGCGUUCAACUAAGCGCUUUAUUAGUCCUUCGAAAAGCAUCUCUUUGAAUUGUUUUGUAGCCAUCGUCUGUUCUUGUUUGUGGUAGUGUCAGGGACCAAAUGAAAAUGCAUGGGGCGUAUAGGCCCAUUCAUUUUGCAUUUUGAGCAUGCUUGGAAUUCUGAAAAUGGAACUCCUGAGAUUUCCUUGCAUCCUUCUUGAUAUAGAAGGCAGUUUAGGGCAUUCGACCAUUGAUAUGGCUGCUUCAGCAGAUGCAAACUGCAUUGUUGCGGGGCUCAGUGUUUGGAGCCCAUCAGCGGGCUCAAGAUUUAUCUCUUUUGCGAAAGUGCUGUUGAAGCCCAGAAAAACUGCAGAUCUUGUGGCAGGGAAGGUACAUUAGUAUUGUUGAAUGUAAUGUCCAUAUUUUAAUAAAAAUAAAGGCACUCU